CUUCUUUCUCUUCUUCUUCAUCAUCAUCUUCUUCUUCAAGUCGCUGUGAAACUGUUCGAGAGCGGAUCAAGGGACAUAUUGGAGUACCCAGAUUGCUGCGUAAGUUACGAGGUUGAGCUCCGCGAGCGCCUCAAUAUCAAUCCAGUUACACACACCAUGGCAGACAAUGCUCAACGUCCGCGUCCGCCGCCAAAUCGACGUAGAGACAAGGUCCAACUAUCCUGCGACCCUUGCAAACACCGAAAGCUGAGGUGCGACCGACACCAACCAUGCGGAGCUUGCUCAAGGCGUGGCCUCACCAACUCCUGCAAUUAUGCAACAACAUCUUCUUCUACGCCCGAUGCUCAGCGGUCCGUUGGGCUGCGACAGUCCACCAACCUCCAUAGCAGAAUCUCAGAACUGGAGAGCCUUGUCGUGACGCUCAUGGAAGGCCAAUCACUCCCGACUCCACCACCCGCAUCGAAAUCGCCGAGACCAAGCUCGCUAUCAUUCACAGAUGUGUUCCUUGAGAUCCGGAGACCAAAGGCAUCCCAGGCUGAAGCUGCAUCCCCGGCAGACCCUGGCACCCUAAAGUUGCGCGAGUCUGGAACCAGCUAUGUCCAGAGUGCCCAUUGGGAAGCCAUUCUUACCAAAGUUAGAGGACUGAAGGAGGACUUGGUCACUGAUAGUAAGGCUCCGACUGGUUCACACUUGUUCUAUGGCCCGAGUCGUCAUGCAACUCGAGAUGAAAUACUGGCUGCUGUUCCUCCUCGUCCAGUGGUUGACCGCCUUGUGGCCCUUCACUUCGAUUCCUACAUUAUCACUCCGUAUCUCAUUCAUAGCAAGAAGUUUCUCCGAGAGUACGAAAUGUUCUGGGAGGAUCCGUCUACAACUUCUAUCGCUUGGAUCGGUCUCAUGUUCUCCAUGUUAUGUAUUGCUGCGCAGUUGCAGGCCUUCACCAUUGACUUCACUGACGGACGAGCCGAAUCGCUCAAGGCGGAAUAUCUUACCAUGAAGGAUGCCUUCCGGGAGAAGGCCGUUCAGUGUCUCAUUCUGGCUAGGUAUACAACGGGAGGACCAUACAUCCUGGAAACCCUUAUCACGAUCCUUACUGGAGAGUUUCUGCUCUUGAAAGAUAGCGCUACCGAUGGCUGGCUUUUGAUCAGUAUGAUCCUCCAUCUUGCAAUGCGCAUGGGCUAUCACCGGGACCCAGAUCACUUUCCCGGAAUAUCUCCAUUCGAAGGUGAGAUCCGUAGACGCAUCUGGACUACAAUCAUUAUAUUAGAUCUCGCACUCUCCUUGGAGAUGGGCCUUCCUCGAAGUGCCACGGAUACGCACAUCGAUACAAAACUGCCAUGUAAUCUGCUCGACUCUGAUUUUGAAGAGCUCACGACCGAGAUGCCUCCGCCAAGGCCAGAAACAGAAUGGACGCCGGUGCUCCCUCUCAUUGCAAAAGGGCGACUAAUAUCAGCUCUCGGCUUGAUUUGCGACGUCAACACCGAUAUCAAACCCCCUUCCUACGACGAGAUCAUCAAGGUCGACGCACUUCUUGAAGACGUGCACAAUCGGGCUAUUCCGCCCGUGCUGCGCUGGCAGACUAUGCCACACCCCAUCACGGAUAGUCCAAACCUUGUGAUACAACGGGUAAGUGUAGAAAUGAGCUACUACAAAUCACGCAUCCUCCUGUAUCGGAGAGCUUUGAUCGGCUACCCACUUCGACAGUCUCAAGAGUGGGACAAGGAGUCAGUGCGAAUCUGUUUAGAUUCCGCACUCAAAAUUCUAUCGUUUCAACAGAUGCUUCACGAAGAGUCUCAGCCAUUUGGUCGUUUGUAUCAGCUCAGAUGGAAGGUCGCCCAUAUUUUCAACCAGGAUGUUCUCCUUGCAACGAGCGUGCUCUGUCUCUACCUUCAAGACGUCGAUAAGUUUGAGUUGCCUGCGACUGCAGGACAGACAACGUGGUCGCCUAGGGCUGAAGAGAUUCGACAACGACUAACGAUCUCGCACACGAUUUGGCUUCAAAUGAGUACAACAUCUGCGGAAGCGGGGAAAGUAGCGAAAGCUCUGAGUAUCGUCCUUGGAAACACAGAAGCGUCUGCUGCUGAGGACGGUAGCGGGUCCGCCGCUUCUUACGACUUUCUGACGGAUUUUGAUUCCAUGCCUCUGAAUGGAUUUGGUGCAUCGUCGUUCAACAAUCAAUAUUUUCCUUCUGCCUUCUACGCUCCUCUGACGUUUUUUGAUAAUGUAUUAGAAACUGGGGGGACAUGACAAUAUGAUUGUUUUGCUUGGGCUGAAGCACAUAAAGCGGGCCCUUCGAAUGGCCCAAAUGGCGGGUAGGUUUUUCAGUUCAGCUCGCCAGUUCGUUUACUUAUAUUCGUUGCACAGUUUUUUGUACCUUGGGGACAUUAAGGUUAAGCGAGGCCCCUUCGGCUAAAAAUGGUACCCAAAUCAGCUCUGACAAGAACCCUUGAUAAAUAUGAUAAGGACUGCGAACGGCCACUGUUAUGAUC